AGGUCAAUUUAUAGCAAUACCACAGCAUCUGAACAUAUUGUAUCUUGUAUAUUGUGGAUGUUAUGCACAGUAAGAGGUAGCAAACAAACGGCUCCUCAAAACUAUGGAUCCCCAUAAUCCUCAAGCUAAUGGCAAUUUGAACAUGGGAAUCCAAGGUCAGCAAAUGGGAACACAAGGUUUGGGACAGAAUCCAUACAACCAGCAGAUGUUGUUGGCGCAGCAGCAAUACAUGAACAGUUUCAACUCCUUCUAUGGGAAUAAUCAGAUGUUAUCCAUGGACCCAUUCCAACAACAGCAACAGCUUUUUAUGAUGCAGUCGCAGCAAAUGCAGCCUGUUUUUCAACAACAACAACAACAACAGGUUCUUCAACAGCAAUUGCUCCAACAGCAGCAUACCCAACAACGAUUUACGCAGCAGCAGCAAGUGCAGCAAGUUCAACAACAGCAAGCUCUGCAUAACCAUCAGCAGCGACUUUUGGAAGAACAACAGCGUCAGAUUGAACUUGCUCGUCAACAGCAGCAGCGGCAGCAGCAGGAAGAAUUACUGCGACAGCAGAGAAUCAAGGAAGCUGAGGAGCAGCAACGUCAACGUGAACUGCUAGCUCAACGCGAAAAAGAACAGCAAGAAUUGCUAAAACAACAAGAGGAAGCUGCCAGGAUAGCAGAGGAGAAGAGACGUCAGGAAGAAGCAGAAAGAAGAAAGCUUGAGGAGCUGAGAAAAAUUCGAGAGGAGCAGUUGAGAAAGCAGCAAGAAGCAGAGCGGGCGCAGCAUGACAUGAGAGACAGAGUUGCUCAAGUGCAAGCUGGCCAAGCACUGACUCUCGUUGCUACGCAUUUCAAUACCUCAUAUAUAAAGCUCGUGCCAUUCCCGAGUGAAAAUAUGAUCAGCUCCAAGCUACCGUCUGUUUGUGAUCCAGCCACGAUGAAGUCAUUAUUGGACACGUCGGAUCCUAACUUGGUGCAAAUGAUAUCGCAGGCUCUGUCGAACAUAGAUGUCAGCGAAACUCGUACGCGGAUGGAUAUUCAUGAUGGAAUCCCGGAAUCUAAUGAUCUCCCUCUCGACCUCAUGCCUCCUCUCAUUAAUGCUGUAAUGGGUGUCAAUUGUAACGCUCUCGACGUAGAACCCGAACACAACAUGGAAGCUCCAGAACAUCUUCUGAGCGACAUGGAGCUCGAUCCAGCUCGAACGUUGAAUGAUGCUCCGGCAGUUACUUCUCCCUCAACAGUAGCUGCCCCUCAAACAACCGUUACACCCGACCAGCCUUCAACAUCCACCGCCAACGAUGAUUCGGCUUUUGCAGCUCCAGUGCUUGAAGGUCGCGAUAAUAUACAGUUGCGUCGCCAAAUGGCUAGCGUUGGCAAACAGCCGAAAGCAAGUCAGCAGCGAAAGAAAAGGGAUCAGGUCGAAAGCUUGUACGACUCCUUGACCGACUAUUUCGACCCAUCCGAUGGGCGACGGCAAAGGAAGCGGACGAAGACGUUGGAGGAGGAGCAAGCAGAUCAGCGCGAUUUGGAGUUGAUUGCACAAAUGGAAGCGCAAGCGGCUGCCGCUGCUGCAGCUGGCAACGGAAUAGCUGACGAAGAAAUGAAAGCGGGCAGUGCGAGCGAUGAUGACCAUAAGUUUUAUGAGAAGAAAGAUAGGAGGCGGAAGAAGAAAGAGGAUGUUCCGGAAAGACCACCGACACCAACCGAUGUCAUUCACAAACGUGAUCAAGAAUGGUCUGAACGACAGCGUAAGAGACAGGAGAAAUUCCGAAGGCGAAAAGGCACGGAAAGUGAUCAGUGCUGGAACAACGACGUCAUGGCAGAACACGACUCACGGGCUCGCAUGAACGUCAUUCUUGAUCAAAUUUUCGAUCAAGUUGAAGAUGUUGAUAUGUUGAACAUAGCAAGAAACAGCAAAGAUGAAGAUUUGGAUGAAGAGGAGGAGGGCGUUAGCCAGGAACUCCUGAUUGACAGAUCAGUGUUGGAUGAUUUGCGUAACGAAGUGCAGAAGUUGCUUACUUGGAAGAAACUAACUAGCAUUGCUUCCGAACGCCUCAUCAAACUGAUAACAAUCCUCGAACGAAAUAUGCGCGAUGUUGUCAGCUCGGAUGGAACCCGUUUGCUUGUCCCCAUCAUCACAGAAGAGGAAGGCGAGGAGGAUGACCAAGCUCUCAAGGAACUCAUUGACGAACGGCUGAUACGUGGGGCAGACGCUGCAUGUACCAUAAUGAUGAUCAUGACAUGUCAUAAGAUGCCAAAGCAGGUUUACAUAGAGGAUGCUAUCGAGCGAUCUAUCAAUCUUUGUCGGCACUACCUAAGGAGUAUUGUCUUUCCCGCUUCGGAUCCGAUGUAUGGGCCCGGUAAAAGACUCAAAGCUGAUGAGAAACGACGGAAAAAGGUGGAGCAAGUGCAAAGAUCACCCACGGUGCAGCUUUUAUACUCUCGAAUGAGCGAUCUCGUCCAUAGUUUCUCGAAUCUGGUGCGACAGACAGAUGUGGCUGAAAUUUGCAUACAUCAUCUAACCACGAUCGCCAUUCAGUCAUUCUUUGUUAGCAAUGUUGGUGAAUUGCAACUAUAUGCUUGUAAUUUGGCUGCAAACAUUUUCACGAAUGCCAAAGAACAUGUCCGAAUGGGGAUGCUGAAUGACAUACUAAAUUCUCUUCAUCGUCUACCAGCAGGUCGCAACGCCAACAACAGUUAUAGAUUCGGACCCGACCAGUGGAUCAGCAACACUACAGUACUAGUUCUGCAACUACUGCAAAGCGUUGUAAGAGUUCCGGAGAGGAUACAUCAUAGAGGAGAGCAUCACGACGAGGACGGAGAACCUGAUAUACAGCCAGAUUCAAUCGUUCCCAGCUCGUACAAGGAAGUACAAGCGCUCGCACAAGCUUUCGCUUCUGGUUUCUUGGCAAGAUGUUCAUCUAAAGGGAACAAGAGCGAAGGUGAAGAAGACUAUCGAGCAUUGUUCGAUAGUUUUCUGCAGGAUAUGUUGACUGCAUUUAAUAAACCUGAAUUUCCUGCUGCUGAAAUGUUUCUGCAGGUCGUGGGCAAUUUGCUGGUCAAGAAUUGCAGAAACAAAAGCGCAGACAUAAAUAUCCGGACUGUGAGCCUGGAAUAUCUUGGUCUGAUCACAUCACGGCUGCGAAGUAGUAUGAUCUGGUCUGUUGAAGAUUCAAGGGAGCGAAUGGACCUGGUAGUAAGAACGAUAAAGUUCGAGGAAAAUCUGCAAGAAGAUGGCACUUCGCUGUGGCCUAGCGUAGCAGACGUCGAUAUCUCAGACAUGACAUUCAGCGAGAAGCAAAUGGAGUUAGAGCGUGCUUUGCUUGACUAUAUCGUUGUGAAUAAGGAUAUCACCGUAGAGUAUGCUGUCCGCUUCUACUGCUGCGUUUGGUACAAAGAGAUAUUGGAGGAUCUGCAAGAGCUGGAAGCACGCUAUGCUGAGAGCAAGCGGGAAAAUCUGUCGGAAAAGGAACAUCGCAAGAACGAGUCUCGUCACAUGAAGAAGGUGAAGCGUGCGCAAGCACAAAAGAUAUUUUUGGUCGAUCUGCUCAGCAAGAAAAAGGAUAGACAGAGGCGCUACGAAAAUGCGAAGCGUUUCGGUAGCUCAAUGCUAGAGUCUGAUGUAGCAUGGUGCAUCAAGUACUUGGCGGCGAAGAGAGAGUUCACGCACUCGUUUGAUACGUUCCUGAAGCAGAUCAUCGCUGGUAUCACGACGGAAACUACAGUAAGUUUGCGAACAAAAGCAAUGCGAUGUUUGACGCAGAUCAUUGAGAGCGAUCAGUCGGUUCUGUUGAUGCCAGAAGUUUCAUCUGCUGCUCAUAAUCGUAUGACCGACUCUAACGCAGCAGUUCGUGAAGCUACUGUGGAAAUGAUUGGUAAAUUCGUUGUUGCCAACUAUGAUGCUAUUCCGACAUACUAUCCACUCCUUGCUGAACGGCUAAUGGACACUGGGCUUGCUGUUCGUAAGCGUGUCAUCCGCAUAAUGAGGGAAAUUUGCGAGAAAUUUCCUAAUUUCGAGCAGAUACCCACCAUGCUUGCUCAAAUUGUGCGGCGAGUGCAGGAUGAAGAAGGUGUCAAGAAGCUUGUGCUUGAGACUUUCCAAAACUUGUGGUUUCAACCUGUUUCUGAGAGAAACACUCCCGCGCUUCUGAAGAAAGUGGUUGUAAUGACAAAAGUUGUCCAGACAUGUGCGGAAGAGUCGAAACUUGAGGCGUUAGAAAUGCUGUUUCAGGCUUUGCUCAAGCAAGGCGACAAGAGCACUUUGGCCGCCAGCCGACAAAUUGUUGACAUGUUUAUGGAUAACGUCCUCACACUUGAAAACAAGAUGGCAACCGAAAAUGGAGUAUCCACGAACAACACCUCCAACAAUGAGGACUUGGCCGGUGCUGAGGUGCACAAAGCAAACCAGGAACGACUUCUCGCUUGUCUCAAUACUCUGACACUAUUUAGCAAGGUGCGCCCAGAAUUGCUGGUUAGGCAUGCGGAAACUUUGCAGCCAUAUCUUUCCAUGAAUGCGACGCAAAAAUCGGAAGUCAUGGUUCUGAAUGAAGUUAUCGGAAUGCUUGAGAGAGUUGUCCCGCUUAUGAGCCAUCCAAGCGACGCCUUCUUGACUGCCCAAGAUCAGACACUUGCCAACCUGACAGCUACUGCCAGCGGCGUAGCGACAACAACUGUGACGAUCAGUUGUAUGUCAGCUAUUUGGCACCGGUUCGGUCGACCACCCAUUCCAGCAAUUGUGCCGCUGUUCAAAACAUAUCUGGAAUUUCUUGUGCGAGUCAAGAAUGCACUGAAGACGAAGCCCAAUUGCACUUUAGAUGGACCAAAGGUUUCGCGCAUUCAAAGGUUCCUUUGUGGUGUAGGAGUCAUGGCACGGCAUUUUGAUUUUGAUUCCAUCAUCAAAGAUCCGGAGUUCGAAACAAAAAUAUUUCCUGCACAUCUUGUACGACCUGAUCUCUCAUUAGGAACCGACGAUAUCGACUUACAUGAUUCCGAGAAACCACGACGGAUACGCGAUAACGUUUUCGAUGUGCUUUUCUUUUUCUCCAGCAGUAAUGUGCCCAGUAUGCGGUUCAAAGCAUUUGUAGCCCUCGGUCAUCUCUGUGCUCGAUAUCCUGAGUAUUUGAUGUGUCGAGGUGUAAAGAAUAUGUACCAUGUACUGCUGAGUUCCGAUGACCCCAACUUCACCGAAAUGCGACUGCAGGCCCUCCAAAAUUUGGAGGAGUUUCUCAGAUCGGAAGAGCUGAAGUUGAUCAAAGGGGAUCAGAUGUUCGGAAAAGGAAAAGAGCAAGAGAAUCUUAAAGAAAUGGACCAAGCUGGGUCGGGUUUGGGAUCGACAGUGAUUCAGAUUUAUUGGCAGGCUGUUCUGCAGGGAUACUUCUCGAGUAACAACGCUAUUCGGUGCCAUUCAGCUCAGGUUGCAAACCUCACAUAUACACAAGGGUUGGUUACUCCGGGUACAUCGAUUGCCACGCUCAUUGCGAUGACCACGGAUCCGCUACCUAUAGUCAGAAAUCGAGUAGAAGCAAUGUUGAAGGAUAUUGACGCCAAAUAUGCUGGAAUGAUACAGAGCACCGCCACCCAAGGGGUACGCAAGGCUUAUCAGUUGCAGCUGCAAAUACGGAUGAAUAAUACAGACCCAAAUGAGCGGGUUAUUCGUGGUAUAAGAGCUUGUGAUGUGUCACCUUACGGCUCUACUAGCGCUCGACUAGAUCCAACCACUGGUCUACCUCGACAUUCUAACGACGGUCAAGCUGUGCUCAGUGGUCUGUAUCAACGGUUGCGAACGAAUAGGCAGCAGCGGAGAUCAUUCCUUACUAGUGUUCUAAGACUGUUCAGCGAAGAUUCUCGAGAAAAGCUCAGGCUGGAAGAGUGGAUUUUUGUAGCGGAUAACAUUGCGAUGUUUCCUUACCAGGUGAUGGAUGAACCGUUGUACGUGAUUCAUACCAUCGACGCAAUUGUCGCUUUAUCUGGUCAAUCGCUCCUUGUCCAAUGUAAAGCGCAUCUCCGAGCUCGUCAGCAGUUUUACUCUCCACAACAGCAGCAGAAGAACUUAUCGGCUGCUGAAGAUGAUGAUCUCCUUUUUGAGCCUGAAACUUUAUACAAUCGUUUCCCCGAAGAAAAAGGUCCUUUAUACGAUCUGAUGGACAACAGUCAAGCGUGCUUUAUUUUGCUCUACCUCAAAAACUUCCUCAUGAAGCUCUACGGAUUCACUGAAGCCAAAGUGCAAGAAUAUUCUCCUUCGGAAGCAGCCAAAGUUUAUGAGAAAACGCUGUCAUCUCGGAAAAAUGUACCAAUGUUCAAUCCUUUGGCUGCAUUAGAUGGAGGACGUCGACGUGAUGGAAGCGCUAACGAUCCACUGGCUAACGAUCGCCAAAGCAUACAAAGUCACUUCAAUCUCGCCACCAAAAUCUGCAACUUCCGCAAGUUGCUGCUGUCACUGGAUCGAAUGGAAAACGACGAAGAUAGCGAUCCCGAUGGUGAUAUGACCAUUGCUGCGAAAGAACAUGAUGACGAUGAUGCUGAUGGCUGCGUUGAACCUAGCGCUGAUUCUGCAGAAGUUGAUUCCUAGACCUCAUUACUUAUCCAUAAUCCCUCGACUAUUUCCUCCUCCUUUUUCCCCGUUUCUGCCUCAAUGUGAUAUACUAUUUUUGACUAGUUUGCGCCAUUAUGCCAUAGUGUCAAAUUUUUCCUGCUAAUGUGAUCCAGUUCGCAUUCAGGAUAACAUUGGCCAUUAGAGCAUUGUAUAUGAGCGCGUUUUUUCUGCGUUUAGUCAUUUUUUCUCACUGAUGCUGGUGCGUAUGCUCUUCCUAACAUACCAUGAACUUACCUCAGCUUAGUGUUUCCCAUAUUUAGUCUCUUUAUCGCAAUGGCCCGUAUAGGCACAGAUAUCAUCUAUACAACUUAUAUUCUCUUAUAUUGUAAUUGAGCGUCAGGUAGCUCUUAAACUCAGUGCUUCCUGUCGUUAAAUACCAUAAUAAUCCUAGAAGGAUCCCCCUUCCCCUGUAAAUAAGCUCUGUACGAUUCUCUUGUGCUCUCCCAUUCUCUGUGAAUUUUUUUAAGUGCUGUUUUUGGUUAUGUUGAUCUCUUAGCACUGCGUUGUUCUUUUUCUGCAUCUCGUUACAACUACCACACCCGCUGUUGCGCAGUCAAUCACAAGCCAAAUUCUGAGAAAUUUACAGUGAAUAUGGCUAAUAUACAAAAAAAUCGCAUGUUGCAUAUAUCUUUCGAACAAAAUCGAACUUCUGUUGAAACAGAUGUAGAGAUGAUGAAAAUAA